GUGGCUUAUGAGGCAGUUUUGGAUUCGAGUGUUUACACUAGUAAUGUGGUUGUGUUUGCUAAAGGAUUGAAUCUUCGGCCACAUAGAGAAGCCGAUGCUAGGAAAUUCAAGUGCCACUUCAGUUUGACUGAUUUUGAUCAAGGAUUAUUUGUGUUCAAUACUCGAGCAAUUGCAGCUGCUCAAGAAGUUUUUCGGUGUUUGUUGCCUCCUAGUAUUAUAAACAAUCUAGAUAAGGCUAAGGACAUAAGAGUUAGUGUUAGCCGUGUUGAUUACAAUGUUGAAGGUGCACAUGAAGCUCCUCUGCCUUCGGUCGCCAGAGUUCAAAUUAUCAACUCCCAUGAGCACGAGAGUAACACUGGGAAGUAUGAGCUUUGUGCUUGCACCAUGCUGUGGAACCAGGCCUCUUUCCUUCGGGAGUGGAUUAUCUAUCACGCCUGGCUGGGAAUCGAGCGAUGGUUCAUAUACGACAAUAAUAGCGAUGAUGAGGUUCAAGAAGUUAUUGAUGAGCUUAAUUUGCACAAGUACAAGAUCACCAGGCAUGCUUGACCAUGGGUUAAGACACAAGAGGCAGGCUUUUCGCACUGUGCUUUGAGAGCAAAACAUGAAUGCAAGUGGCUUGGAUUCUUUGAUGUUGAUGAGUUUUUCUACUUCCCACAUGGAAGGGGACGAUAUAAACCUGGAACAAAUUCACUGCGAACCCUCGUCAUGAAAUACUCAGAUUCACCAAAAAUUGCAGAGCUAAGAACGGUUUGCCACAGCUAUGGGCCAUCUGGAUUGACAUCACCUCCAUCACAGGGUGUAACUGUAGGUUAUACUUGUCGGCUUGAGGCUCCGGAGAGACACAAAUCCGUUGUGCGCCCAGAGCUCCUUCAUACAACUCUUCUUAAUGCGGUGCAUCAUUUUAAACUACGGGAUGGAUACAAAUACCUGAACGUGCGAGAGAGCAAGGUUUUAGUGAACCACUACAAAUACCAGGUGUGGGAUUCCUUCAAAGCCAAGUUCUUUAGAAGAGUUUCGACCUAUGUCACUAACUGGCAAGAGGACAACAACAAGGGAUCAAAGGAUAGAGCGCCAGGUCUAGGGACAGAGGCCAUUGAACCUCCCGAUUGGCGGCUUCGGUUCUGUGAGGUUUGGGACACUGGCCUCAAGCAUUUUGUUAUGGCCAAUCUUGCCGAUUCGACGUCUGGGUUCCUUCCCUGGGAAAGGAGGUCCCUCGCGUAACGGAUUCACAUUUCGAUGUGCAAAUUGCAGCUAGGCACCCAUGUAUAACAACAGAGCAAUCACACAAGCAGCAUUUAGCAAUUUUUUUAUCCUGAUUUUUUUUA